AUCAGCGACCCGGACGGGUACACGGCGUUUUCAACGGAGGGGCAGACGCAGGGCAAGUUCGAGUUCAUGUCGCAGCGCGAGGGCGACUACCGCUUCUGCUUCACCAACAAGUCGCCGGUGUUUGAGACGGUGUCACUGGAGGUGUUUGUGGGCCACCAGGUGCAGCCCCACGAGAUCGCCACUGACGAGCACAUACUGCCGAUAGUGACGAAGCUCUCAGGGCUGCACAACCACAUCACCAGUGUGUACUUGGAGGCCAAGUGGUUCCACGCGCAGGCCGAGCGCCAGAACCAGCUGGCGCAGGCCACGACACGCAAGCUGGUGGUGAAGACAGCCAUGCAGUCACUCGCCCUCAUCACCUGCUCCUUCCUGCAGGCACGCCCCCCCACUCCCCUCACAUGCUCCACCCCCUUGCGUUCCUGUCCUCUGUGCACGCACAGCAGCACGACACAGCACGGUGGUUUGCAGAGCAACUCUCACUGGAUGCGCUCACCCCAUCCUCCUCUGCAGGUCUAUCUCUUGAGGCGCCUCUUUGAGAAGAAGCUUGGAAGGACAAUGGUCAUGGUGAAGGGCAAGAAGAUUCUCUUCAUCGUGGGCGACUAUGUGGAGGACUACGAGGUGAUGGUGCCGUUCCAGGCGCUGAUGGCGUUCGGCUGCAACGUGGACGCCGUGUGUCCGGGCAAGAAGGAGGGCGACGUCUGUCGCACCGCCGUGCACGACUUCGUCGGCGAUCAGACGUACGCGGAGUCGCGGGGGCACAACUUCGUGCUGAACGCCACGUUUGACGAGGCGCGCUGCGACGCGUACGACGCGCUGGUGGUGCCGGGCGGGCGCGCGCCCGAGUACCUGUCCGUGGACGGCCGCGUCACGGCGCUCGUGCGCGACUUCCACGCCGCCCGCAAGCCCAUCGCCUCCAUCUGCCACGGCCAGCUCGUGCUCGCCGCCGCUGACGUGCUCAAGGGCAGCAAGUGCACGGCGUACCCGGCAGUGAAGCCCGUGGUGGAGCUGGCCGGGGGCCAGUGGGUGGACGCCGACCCCAUCUCCGCCUGCCUCUUUGACGACCAGCACAAUCUGAUAACGGGCGCGGCAUGGCCGGGGCACCCGGAGUUCCUGUCGCUGCUGCUGCUGGCGCUGGGCGCCAAGGUGCACGGCAGCGACAAGCGCGUGCUCAUGCUCGCAGGGGACUUCAUGGAGGACUACGAGGCCAUGGUGCCCAUGCAGGCGCUGCAGGCGCUGGGCUACCGCGUGGACGCCGUGUGCCCGGAGAGGCGCACAGGGGACGUGUGCAAGACGGCCGUGCACGACUUCGAGGGUGACCAGACGUACACGGAGAAGCCCGGGCACAACUUUGCGCUGACGGCUGACUUUGAGAAUGUGAGGGUGGAUGACUACGAUGCGCUGCUGGUGCCGGGCGGGCGCGCCCCCGAGUACCUGGCGCUGAAUGCGCGCGUGCUGGAGGUGGUGCGGCAGUUCCAUGCGGCCCGCAAGCCCAUCGCCUCCGUGUGCCACGGCCAGCAGAUCCUCGCUGCUGCGGGCGUGCUCAAGGGCAUGCGGUGCACGGCAUACCCGGCGGUGAAGCCAACGGUGGUGCUGGCGGGCGGCGAGUGGCAGGAGCCGGACCCCAUCUCGCGGUGCUUCCAGGACGGGCACCUCAUCACGGGCGCUGCAUGGCCCGCCCACCCAGAGCUCAUCAGCUUGCUCAUGGCCGCCCUCGGCACCACCGUCACGGCUUGA